AUGAGUUCGUAUUUUGUGAACUCCACUUUCCCUGCCACUCUUGCUAGUGGACAAGAGUCCUUCCUUGGGCAGAUUCCGCUAUAUUCCUCCAGUUACGACCCUUUAAGACAUUACCCAGCCACAUAUGGGGCUACAAGCAUGCAGGAUAAAAGCUACCCGUCACCCUCCUACUACCAACAAGCCAACGGAGCGUAUGCGUGCAAUCGGACACCCUGUGAUUACGGUGCCCCCAGUUUUUAUCGGGAAAAAGACCCUUCAUGCGGCGCUUCCUCCACCAACUCCAAAUAUCACUCAUUGGAAGAUGCAACACAUUUCAACCCGGAACAACGCAAAUUCGAGUGUGCACAAAGCAGAAUUUUAUAUGGAGAGGUGGAUGAUCAGAAGAGUUCGCUCCCAGUGUACCCUUGGAUGCAAAGAAUGAACUCCAGUGGUGCCUCAGCUUUUAACCCAAAUGGACGGCGCGGGCGGCAAACCUACACUAGAUAUCAAACCCUGGAGCUGGAAAAGGAGUUCCACUUUAACCGCUACUUGACCAGAAGACGCCGGAUAGAGAUUGCACACGCACUUUGCCUCACAGAACGCCAGAUCAAAAUCUGGUUUCAGAACAGGCGCAUGAAAUGGAAAAAAGAGAACAAAUUGCUGGGCUCCUCGCAAUUAAGCGGAGAGGAAACAGAAGAAAAAUCAACAGAGUGAAAACAACAAG